AUGGUCGAUGAUGCAGCAAUGGAUAGUCAAGAUGCAGUAGCUCAUGCAGCAGGCAAUGGUCGUUUGGAUUUGGUCCAAUGGUAUUGCAACAUGAAAGGUCCGUAUGCUUUCGGAUGGAAUGUCAUGGAUGACGCAUUAGCACAGAAUCAGAUGAAAGUGGUGCAAUUUCUAGACUGUGUAUUGGGCAACCGAUGUACUCGACGAGGGCUGGAAAAAGCGGCUUUACACGGACAUUUGAAAGUCUCGUGGAUGCAGGCAGCAUUGACUGCUGCAGUUAUGUAUGGACAGUGUCAGAUUUUACAAUGGCUUCAUGAUCGGGCGUCAGUGAAAGCUGCUGUGCUGGCUUCCUGGACCCCAUUACCAUGUGAAUGUCUCCUGAAGGCGAGAAACAGCUCGUCAUGGAGUUGA